GUUGCGCAGUGUAAGUGAUGCUUGCAACUCUUGUUAUGACUGCAAGGUCCUGUUUCAAUCACUGGCGUCAGACGGACGCACGACACCAACUCAAACCUUUCCACCUUCUCCUGCUCAACGACGUAAAUAUUGACUGGGGAAAGAGAGGGAGGAAAAAAACACAACAACAACAAAAAACUUUUAGCGAGCGAAACUUUUUUUUUUGAAGGGAGUUUUAAUUUGAAAGUGCUCCACGGGACUUUAAGUAUAUCCCUCGUCGUGUCACUUUGAGGGUCCGACGGAUUUUUUCGCUUUUAUAACGACCGGGAGAUAAAAACUUUUCCUUUCAUUAUAAUAGGCUGGCUCGUAAAAAAGAGAGCCAGCCUAUGACCUUCACGUCUUACAUUACUGCUACAUUCACCGGAUGCAACAUUAAUUAGAUCUCAUUUCAAGCCUUCUUCACCGACUUCGACUUUUUUCCUUUUUCUUUGAAUGCGUUGCAAAUAUGAUGAUGUCACCGACGCCACUUUUUCCUGAAGUUAUGGCGGAGCACAACUUUUCUAACUUCUCUUGACCAUUGCGAGCACUUGGCUUUACUAAUGGAGCACCUCCAGGGAGCAUGGAAGACCCUGAGCAAUGGCUUCGGAAUGAAGGACUCCGCGUUUGAGGGCCCGUGCCUUUCCCCAACCAUGGUCCAGGGCUUUUCCUGCCAGCGUCGCUCCUCAGAUGAUAGCAAGAUGCCCGACUCCAAGACUAGCAGCACAAUCCGUGUCUACCUCCCAAACCAGCAGCGCACUGUGGUAAACGUGCGUUCAGGUAUGACUCUGCACAGUUGCCUGAUUAAAGCAUUGAAGGUGCGAGGUCUGCAGCCUCAGUGCUGCGCUGUUUUCAAGCUGCAUCCAGGACAGAAGAGUAAAAAAUUCCGGAUGGAUUGGAAUACUGACUCCACCUCCCUCAUUGGAGAGGAGCUACUGGUAGAGGUUUUAGAUCACGUCCCCUUGACGACACAUAAUUUUGUUCGGAAAACAUAUCUGAAACUAGCAUUCUGUGAUAUUUGCCAGAAGUUUCUUUUGAAUGGUUUCCGUUGCCAAACGUGCGGCUACAAAUUCCAUGAGCAUUGUAGCACCAAAGUGCCCACGAUGUGUGUGGACUGGAGCAAUAUCAGACAACUCCUGUUGUGUCCAACACCUGGUGAUAGCGGUGCCCCGUCUCUGCCCCCGCUGACAUCCCGGCGAAUGAGGGAAUCCUUAACACGGUUUCCAAGCUCAGCCCAUCGAUAUUCCACCCCUCAUGCCUUCAACUACACCACGCCCUACCCACCCACAGGCGGCGGUCUCUCCCAGAGGCAACGCUCCACAUCCACACCCAACGUCCACAUGGUUAGCACUACCCUGCCUGUAGACAGCAGCAUGAUUGAGGACGCAAUGCGUGAUCAUGACUCUGCGGGGAGUUCCCCAAGCCAGAGUCCUACAGGCUGGUCCCAGUCCAAAGCCCCUGCACCUGCCCAGCGAGAGAGGGCCACGUCCUUCAACACUCAGGAGAAAAACAAAAUUAGGCCUCGGGACAAGCGGGACUCUAGUUACUACUGGGAAAUCGAGGCCAGCGAGGUGUAUCUGCACUCCCGCAUCGGUUCAGGCUCAUUUGGAACUGUAUACAAAGGGAAAUGGCAUGGUGAUGUAGCAGUGAAGAUUUUAAAAGUGACUGAUCCCACACCAGAGCAGUUCAAGGCAUUCAGAAAUGAGGUUGCAGUCCUGAGGAAAACGCGACAUGUCAACAUCCUGUUGUUCAUGGGCUACAUGACGAAGGACAACCUGGCCAUUGUGACCCAGUGGUGUGAGGGCAGCAGCCUUUACAAACACAUUCAUGUCCUGGAGACAAACUUCAAGAUAAUCCAGCUCAUAGACAUUGCCAGGCAGACAGCUCAGGGCAUGGACUAUCUGCAUGCAAAGAACAUCAUUCAUCGUGACAUGAAGUCCAACAACAUCUUCUUGCAUGAAGGCCUAACGGUGAAAAUCGGGGACUUUGGUCUCGCUACGGUGAAGGCCAGAUGGAGCGGGUCACAUCAGGUGGAACAGCCUUCUGGAUCCAUUCUCUGGAUGGCUCCUGAGGUUAUCCGGAUGCAGGAUAACAAUCCCUAUAGCUUCCAGUCUGAUGUCUAUUCCUAUGGAAUUGUUCUCUUUGAGCUCAUGACGGGAGAGCUCCCAUACUCCCAGACAGCAAACAGAGACCAGGUGUCAGGAGUCAGUCUGCUGUCUCUGACUCCCUCGUUUCAGAUUAUCUUCAUGGUGGGAAGAGGCUAUUUGUCUCCAGACCUCAGUAAGCUCUACAAGAACUGCCCCAAAGCCAUGAAGAGGUUGGUGGCCGACUGCAUCAAGAAGUCCAAGGACGAGAGGCCACUCUUCCCGCAGAUCUUGUCCUCAAUUGAGCUCCUCCAGCAUGCCCUCCCUAAGAUAAACCGCAGUGCCUCAGAACCGUCCCUGCACAGAGCCUCUCACACUGAGGAUAUCAAUGCCUGUACUCUGACCUCCACCAGACUGCCUGUUUUUUAGAGGCACAGAUAGCACUGCCCCUCCUCCUCUUCCUCCUCCUCCUCGUUGAUAUAUCCAAAACAGUCCAAAUGCUCAGUACGCCCCAAAUUCUCAUACAUACAGAUGCAAAUAUAGACCUAAAAAAUAUACAUGCAAUCAUACAUAAACCCAUGCUAUAAUAAAACACUUAAGGAAAAGAGGAGAGAGGAAAGUUUUAGACAGAAGCGCAUCUGAGAUUUACUAUGGGAGGGAGUGAAUGAUUGCUAGGGGGAUGCACACAUGAGGAAGCUGGCGUAAGAUACAUGGAGAUGGUGCCUUGCUUAUCGCUGCACGUAUUAAGAAGUAUGCAGAGGCUCCACGGUGGCAAUGCAUUUGGUAAAAAUUUGUAAAUACAUGCACGCACACCUACCUAAGACGACGAUAAAUGGACACUGAAGGAAGCUCAAGAGGAACACAGACUUUGUCUCUCUUGAUUUUUGGGUUCUGUGACGUGAUGCACACCCUUCUAUCUGGUCGCCCUGAUGAAAAGGACCUUUAAAGCUUUCAUGCCUUAAGAGGAAACAAAGCCUGGACUAAGAUCCUGCACAAUUCACCUCUUGUUAUCACAAAGCCGUUGGAUGUAGUCCAUUUAGUUGCACAGUAGUAGUUGAUUUUUUGCAUUGUCUUAAAUGAUAAUGGAGUAGUAUGGGAAAUUGUUGUCUUUUGUUGUUGUUGUUGUCGUCGUCUUUUGACUUCUUUUAAUUGUCUUUAUUUUUGGCGGGAGGGAAGGGGGUAAUUUUUGGAGGAAUUAUAGUUGGACAGCGAGCAUGAGUGACGAUGGAAAAAUUUAAUUUGCACAUUUUAGCAAAAGCAAUGGUUAUGUGUCAACAGUCUACAGAUUGGCUUCAUGGCUCCGAGUAAACUGAUCUGUAGAUACACACACACACACACACACACCACACACCACACACCACACACACACCACACACACACACACACACACUCACUCACACAUUCAUCAGUCCUCACCAUGGGUAGGUUAUCAUGAGCUGGACAUUUGGCAGUUGUCUUAAAUAUUUAAAAUGAUUUGGAAACUAAUUUGUAUUUGUUUAUCAUGUCUCUUUCAGGAGGUUAAACGUUUUAUUGUGAACUUGGUGAGAAAGUUGUCUAUUCAAUAUUUUAAUAAAAUUAAGUUAAAUUUCUUUGCCAAAGAA